GAAAGCGGAAGCGGCGGCGCAGCAGGCUGCCGCCUCUGUUUCUGCCCGUCCUCCCAAAAGCAGAAGGACGAUGGCAGAAGUAGGCGGACGUGCCCCGACGCCCUUUAACCACGACCGGCGCCUGGGCGAGCUGGGCGGCGGCACCCAAGCCUCGCAGCGGCUCUUGGCUUACAGCGAUGCGCUCUUCUCCAUCAUCGCCACCGUCAUGAUUUUACCUGUGGCACAUACAAAGAUACAUUCAGAUGAGAAACUUGGGGAAAGUGUCCAACAGCUGCUAGCCACCAAAAUUGCUGUUUAUCUGAUGACCUUUUUAAUAGUAACAGUUGCUUGGGCAGCUCAUGUGAGGCAUGCAUGAUGAGCAUUACUUUUUUGCCAUAUACAUUCUCCUUAAUGGCAUCUUUUCCUGAAGAACCAUUUGGACUUUUCAUGUUUAGUAGCUGUGCUGUUGUAAUUGGUGUCAUCCAGGCAAUGAUUGUAUUAUAUGGCUUCAAACAUUCGUAUUUACUGAAUCAUCAAAUACAGGAAUCUGAAAACACAGCAUUUUACAAAUACCAUAUCUUGAAGAUUAUCCUGAGAGGACCAACCCUGAGCUUUUUGGCCGCCAUUUCCUCGUUUUUCUUCUUUCCAUUGUCAUACAUGUUUCUUGGGCUCAUUGUUUUUUUCCCACUUCUCAGCCAUCUAACCAAAUGGUUUAGAAGCAGAAUUCUUGUGAAGAUAACGUUCCUGAUGAUAACAUGGUGAAAGAGAAAUACAGAGGUCAUCUUGCUGAAGCACUGAGAGAAUUUGGUCCAAGUUUCCUUGCCUACUUCGGAUCAUUUGUAACCAUCGGUCUUCUCUGGUUUGUCCAUCAUUCUCUCUUCCUCCAUGUGACAAAAGCCACAAAACUGAUGACUCUCCUUAAUACCCUUUCUUUGGCUUUUAUUGGCGGACUGCCUCUCGCUUACCAGCUGACCAGUGAGUUUGCCGAGAAGUCUUACAACGAAAUAGAAGCCAUUCAGAUUAGCUGCGUUACCAUUUUUUUUGCAAGCAUCUUCCAGUUCAGCAUAUGGAUUGCCGCGCUCUUCCAUGAAGUCGAGACAUUGCAUCCUUUUGCUCGGUACGGUGGCAAAGAGCAUGCCUUCAUGUUUGCAAAGCUUUCUCUCUAUCCCUGCGUGAGCCUGGCAGUCUUCUGCCUGACCUGUGUGGUGAGUGAGCUAAGUACGACUAUUUUUCAUCUCACACAAAUCAUCGUCCCAUUUGCUUUUCUGGUAUUACGCAUCUUCGUCAGAAUUGGUUUGAUGAUACUAAAGUAUAUAAUGUCACUGGCCAGGUCAAAGAACAAUGUUUUAGAAGAAGAAGAAGCCUGUUUAUCCCCAGCCGAUAUACUCUCAUAGUUUCCCCUGCACUUUAAGUGGAAAAUCAAGUUACAUGUGCGAAUUAGAGACUUCGGGACUCAACUAAAACUGAAUUGUUCCUUUCUUUAGGGAUGUUCAGCUUUUCCUUUUAUUCAUGGACUGGCGUCUGGAGCAGUGAGCACAUCACCUCAAUAGCCUCAUUGAUCAUAGAUGAUUAGUGAGGAAUCAUAAGAUACUUGGGAGAAAAUAAUGGCAUUAGCAGUUUCUUGGGAAGUGCCAUAGCCAGUAAAGGUGAUAAUAUGAAUGUCCUUAUCCUUUCUGUGGCCAUUAAGUGACCUGGAGGAUGUAUUAACCUGCUAAAUAAUUCCAUGUGUAUCUUGAAUUGUAACCGUAACAGCUGCUGUCAAAUGUGUGUAACCUAGCAAAUCAGUGCAAAGUAACAUGAUUAGCUGAACAAACGAAUUGUGAGUCAACAAAUUACUAUCAACAGUUAUACAAAGAAGUAAUUCAUUCAGCACUGGCAACUUCUUAAAGAAACCUGUAUGUGCAGCAUGCUAAAUGUUCAGAGAAUAUUUAGAAAGAAUUGGCUGUCAGUAUAACCAAAGUUUGCUGGAACUAUCACUUGAUGAGGGGAUACUUAUGGUAUAGGCUUGUCCCAUUAUUGCUUUAAGUAUCCCUUAGUAUCCCAUAAGUAUUUGGGUUUAAUAGCCAUAACUUUGUUAAUGUAACUUUCAGAAAAUAAAUUAUUAUUAUGUGAUGCUG